CAAACAUUAACACAACGCGUGGUGCAUUCACGUCUAAUGAGCAAGCGCUUUGUAAUGUGUGUAGAUAAUAACUAGUAAGCGAAAGAGACAAUUACCGAUAGAACGCGCAAAAAUCGGGUGUAACUUUCUAAUUUACAAUCGUUUUAUCAAUUAAACGACGACAAAACAACGCGCUGAAUGUCAUUUAUUUUAUCGGGCUUCAGACGUUACACAAAGAUAUAUUCGAGUCUGUGGACAACGUACUCAACCAAGAUGCCUCCUACGGAAAACGUGAGGUCGCUGGUCGAGCAGAACAUAAAGGAUAAUCCUGUGAUGGUGUUCAGUAAAACUACAUGUGGAUUUUGCUCUAAGGUCAAAUCCCUAUUCGAUGAGUUAAAAGUUACAUACAAGGCAUUGGAAAUUAAUCAACUUGAAAAUUCAGCUGAAGUUCAAUCAGUACUGUUGGAAGUUUCUGGACAACAAACUGUUCCCAAUGUUUACAUUAAAGGCCGGCACUUGGGGGGCUGUGAUGCAACUUUUAAAGCACACAGUGAGGGCCUGUUGUUAAAAAUGAUUGAGGCACCUUCAUCCACCCAUGAAUAUGAAUACGAUCUUAUUGUGAUUGGUGGUGGUUCUGGGGGAUUGGCUGCUUCCAAAAGAGCAAGUGAACUUGGAAAAAAGGUGGCAGUAUGCGACUUUGUCCAACCAACCCCAAAGGGUGUUUCGUGGGGAUUGGGAGGCACCUGUGUCAAUGUUGGUUGCAUUCCAAAGAAACUUAUGCACCAAGCUUCAAUGCUGGGUAAAAGCAUUGAAGAUGCAAAGUCAUUUGGAUGGCAGUUAACCUCAGAACCAGUGAAAAACAAAUGGGAGGGCAUGGUAGAAGCUGUGCAAAACUACAUUGGCUCUUUAAACUGGGGGUACCGGGUUCAACUCCGGGAGAAGAAAGUUAACUAUGUGAACGCUUAUGCAAAGUUUGAAGACCAACACACUAUAACGACUGUGAACAGGCGUGGUAAAGAGACAAAGAUGACUGCAGAUAAAUUCAUCGUAGCAGUUGGUGAAAGACCUCGCUACCCUGAUAUACCAGGUGCGAAAGAACAUUGCAUUACAAGUGAUGACUUGUUUUCACUGCCAUACUGUCCUGGUAAGACACUGGUGAUAGGAGCAUCAUAUGUUGCACUGGAAUGUGCUGGGUUCUUAAAAGGGAUUGGACUUGAUGUAACUGUUAUGGUUCGUUCCAUCUUUUUAAGAGGAUUCGACCAGCAAAUGGCAGAUAAAGCAGCUGGUUACAUGGAAAAAGAAGGAGUGCAGUUUCUAAGAAGAUGUGUUCCUGUCAAGAUAGAGCAAGUAGAAGCAGGAGAACCAGGUCUGCUAAGAGUUACUGGGAAAAUGACGGAAAACGGAGAGGAAGUCACUGGAGAUUAUAACACGGUUAUACUGGCAAUAGGAAGAGACUCUGUGACCAAAACCAUCGGGUUGGACAAAAUCAAUGUUCAAGUUAGCAAAAAUGGAAAAGUUCCAGUAAAUGACUAUGAUCAAACAAAUGUGGAAAAUAUUUUCUGCAUUGGAGACAAUGGUGAAGGAAAACCAGAGUUAACUCCUGUAGCAAUCCAUGCUGGUCGACUUCUAUCAGAACGAUUAUAUGGUGGUUCAACACUCAAGUGUGACUACGAAGGUGUCCCCACUACAGUGUUCACUCCACUUGAAUACAGUUGUUGUGGACUUUCAGAAGAAGCAGCUAUUGCAAAGUAUGGAGAAGACAACUUGGAAGUCUACCACACAAAUGUGUGGCCAUUAGAAUGGUCAGUGCCUGGCCAUGACAACAAUACUUGUUAUGUGAAAGCUAUCACCAACAAGUUGGACAGUGAAAGAGUGAUUGGUUUGCACUACCUUGGUCCAAAUGCUGGUGAAGUAAUGCAAGGCUUUGCUGCUGCCAUGAAAUGUGGAAUCACCAAAGCUCAACUUGAUCAAACAAUUGGAAUUCAUCCAACUACUGCUGAGCUCUUCACCACGUUAAAUGUAACGAAGAGAUCUGGUGCAGCCAUUGACCAAAGUGGUUGCUGAGGUUAAAUACCAGCUGCAAUAACUAAGUAACCACCAAUCUAAUGAUCAGUAUUUCUGGCUUACAAUUCUAAUUCUUUUUGUCGCAACAGCCAUAGUCAAUUUGAAAAACAUCCUCAAAUUUUAGGAUCGUGUUUUAGUUCUGGUGGUUACUUGGUUGGCAGCUGGUUUACUUUUCUGGCAAGCAACGGUGUUUUAUGUUGUUUUCUCUCUUGAAAGCAACUUUCAUGACGAUUGCUUCUUAAACCACUAUUAGUGGCUGAAGCAGUUUGAGUUAAAACAUUGCGCUUGCCUUUUUCAUUUCUUUGCGUUAGAAAAUUCAUGCCUAAACUAUUUAAUAAUUUAAUUCCUGUUUACGCGUAUUGGUGUUAUUGUACAUAAAUCACUGCUUGCCGAUCUCAAAGCGUAAUGCUGUAAUAUGUGAAUAGACUUUAAGUUCCCUCACAGAAAUUAUGAAGGCUCCACUGUACAAUUAGUUCACAGGUGUGUGAUUGCAAUGUGAAUAAAAGGCUCUAGAAUUG